AUGAGCACACAAAGCAAACCAAACCUCACCCUUAAAUCCCUGCAAUAUUUCGGCAAAAUCUUCAGAAUGGGAACAAUUGGUGAAACAAAAUACGGGUCAUUCACAUACGAGAGCCUGGAAAGGGAACCCUACUGGCCAACAGAAAAGCUUCGUGUCUCCAUCACAGGAGCUGGUGGAUUCAUUGCUUCACACAUUGCACGUCGUUUGAAAACAGAAGGCCAUUACAUCAUUGCUUCUGAUUGGAAGAAAAACGAACACAUGCCUGAAGAUAUGUUUUGCCAUGAAUUCCAUCUUGUUGAUCUUCGUGUCAUGGAUAACUGCUUGAAAGUUACAAAAAAUGUUGAUCAUGUCUUCAAUAUGGCUGCUGAUAUGGGUGGAAUGGGAUUCAUUCAGUCCAAUCAUUCUGUUAUUAUGUAUAAUAACACCAUGAUUAGCUUUAAUAUGCUUGAGGCUGCAAGAAUCACUGGAGUUAAGAGGUUCUUCUAUGCCUCUAGUGCUUGCAUUUACCCUGAGUUUAAGCAGUUGGAAACCAAUGUGAGCUUAAAGGAAUCAGACGCCUGGCCCGCUGAGCCUCAAGAUGCUUACGGUUUGGAAAAACUAGCAACUGAAGAGCUCUGCAGGCACUACACCAAAGACUUUGGAAUUGAAUGCCGAAUUGGACGCUUUCAUAACAUUUACGGACCUUUUGGCACAUGGAAAGGCGGAAGGGAGAAAGCACCUGCUGCUUUUUGCAGAAAAGCCCUUACGGCUACUGAUAAGUUUGAAAUGUGGGGAGAUGGUCUACAGACACGCUCUUUCACCUUCAUUGAUGAGUGUGUUGAAGGUGUCUUAAGAUUGACAAAAUCUGACUUCCGUGAGCCAGUAAAUAUCGGAAGUGAUGAAAUGGUAAGCAUGAAUGAAAUGGCUGAGAUUGUUUUGAGCUUUGAAAACAAAAAGCUCCCAAUCCACCACAUACCAGGCCCAGAAGGUGUUCGUGGUAGAAACUCUGACAACACUUUGAUCAAAGAGAAACUUGGGUGGGCCCCCACCAUGAAAUUAAAGGAUGGAUUAAGAAUCACAUAUUUCUGGAUCAAGGAACAAAUCGAGAAAGAAAGAGGUGAAGGUUUUGACCUUUCGGUUUAUGGUUCUUCCAAAGUAGUUGGGACUCAAGCACCCGUUCAACUCGGUUCUCUUAGGGCUGCUGAUGGCAAAGAGUGAAGAAUUCACAUCUCCAUUUUCAAUUAUUCAUGUUUUCUUGAUGCAUUUAUCUCUUGUAAUCACGUAGAACUAUGCUACGUUUGUGUGAUCUUUUAUUGAUGUUUAUUGUUUGUGCUUUCGAUUUUUGUUUUUCUUAUGAAUCAAGUAUUUCUCUUUAUUGUAUUCUUCUAAGUUUUAUAAUCGAGUUCAAAUAAAAAUGUUAGCAUUCAUUUCUUCUAUCACCUUCACCAACUACAUGUUAGUUUGCCUUGUGAUC